AUGAAUGACCAGGGAGUAACCUAUGCAGAACUGAAGGUAGCCAAGAACUCAAAGAAGCAGCAAAUAAAACCUAAGGGCACUAAAAGUUCCAUUUCAAUAACUGAGCAGGAAAUAACCUAUGCAGAAUUAAAACUUGAAAAUGCUUCUCAGAAUCUUCAACGGACUGACAAGAACUACAACUGCAAAGAUUCACCAUCACCUCCAGGGAAGCUCGUUGCUGGGGUCCUGGGAAUUAUUUGCCUUGUCUUGAUGGCCAGCGUGAUAACAAUGAUAGUUGUUACUCACUCUACUGUAAUACCGGAGAAGAAUAACUCCUCUCCAAUAACAAAGCUCCAGAAAGAAUGUCAUCAUGGUCAUUGUCCAAAAGAGUGGUUUACAUAUUCCAACAGUUGCUAUUAUACUAGUCUUGAAAAAAAAACAUGGAAUAAGAGUGUGACAGCCUGUGCUACUAAGAACUCUACUCUGCUUUAUAUAGAGAAUGAAGAAGAAAAAAAAUUCCUGACUUCCCUAUCAAUUAUGUCAUGGAUUUCAGUCUUUCGUAAAGGCCGUGAUCAUCCAUGGAUGUGGCUAAAUGGUUCAACCUUCAAACUAAAGAUAACAGAGUCAGCAUCACGUGGUAAACGUAACUGUGCUCUGCUGUAUGCAAGUGGCAUUAAAUCAGACAGCUGUGAGUUUCCAUAUACAUAUAAUUGCAAGCAUAAGCGUGAGAAUUAA